AUGACUGAUCAACGUUGCAAUGGUAAUGAAAAUGCUGGUGUGAAUGAAGAACGUAUAUUGCAAUUACUGCAAGAAUUACGACAACGUGAAAGUGAUGACGUAGUGAAGGAAGAUAUACGUAUACUCAAAUGUGUUCUUCAAGAUCUCAUUUCUCGAAAGCAAAAUUAUAAGAAACUAAUAUUUGUUGGUCAACAAGUGCAAGAAAUUCGUAAUUUAAUUGUAAAAUCUGAUGAAAACGGCGAGCGAUUAAUUGUUAUUGGACCAAAAGAUAUAAAAACGAAAUCCCGUGGUCGAAUUCACAUUGGUGAUCAAAUUUUGGCAUUCAAUCAGCAUUUUCUCAGUCCAUUACCAUUAACCGGAAAACCACAAACAAAUCCUGCCUCUCCAAUUUCUUCCACACAGCAUGUUGACUUAAGCGAAAAAAAGAGCAGCAAUGUCGGUAAAAUUAGGAAGGAACAGAGAGAAGAAUUAAAAUCGUUAAAUUAUUUGAAAUUUACGGAAAAAGCUUCAACAAAUACUACUACUACUACUACUGCUAUCAUUACUGGGAAAAAGAGUGGAAAGGAAAGAGAGAGAGAGGAAAGAUCGACAACUGCCUCAGAUUUAGUCUUGACUCAAACGGAUAAUUGCGAUAAUGAUGAUGAUGAUGAUGAUGAUGAUCGUGAAGUGCCUAAGAAAGAUGAAAUAUGGAAAUUUGAUAGUGAGAACGUUACAGCCGUGUUUUCACCAUCAUCUUCUAUUCAAUCAACGACAACAUUAAUAGAUCGGUACGAAAAGCUUAUUGAAAAUUUUAACGAUCAUAAAAAUUUUGUGUACGACAACAACGAAUCAAAAAAUAGCACAUCAAUUAUUGUUGUUACGUUAUUACGUCAAUCACCGCAUAUGGUCUUGACGAGUGAUUGGACCGAGGUACAAAUUAUACACCUCCCAAAUAUUCCCGGUAUUGGAUUAGGUUUUGGUAUUGUUGGUGGUACUUCGAGUGGUGUUGUUGUCAAAACGAUUCUGCCUGGAAGUGUUGCUGAUAAGGAUAAACGUCUACGCCCCGGUGAUCAUAUAUUAAGAAUACGUGGAAUUAACGUUCAUGGGAUGAGUCCACAGCAAAUAGCCACCUUACUUAGGCGACAGGAUACAUUGAUUGAAUUGGUAGUAGGAAGGCCUGCGCUUGCUUCGGACAGCUGUAAAGAUACUAAAGGUUAG